CAGCCACCUUAAACUCGCUACCGACUGCGCGCCCCCGCGACUGCUGCGAAAGGAGCUGUGAGCAGUGAGAUCAUGCGAGAGACCAUGCUUGGAGAAAGUAGGUUAGCAGGGUAGACUGAGAGGAAAGCGGGCGGAGAGGGGGUCCGAACACCGCUCGUCCACCGUGGGACUAUUCUGUCAAAAAGAAAAGAAAAGUUGAGCCACAUUUAUUCGACACUGCGCCGAGACGGUGACGAUGCAACCCAAAACCACCUUCUUCGCUCAGUUGUUUCGCUCAGAAUUGACGGAGCGAUAAAGGAGAGGAGUUUCGGAGAGUUUCUCCCCUCGUUUUUGGCCGAGAGCUUUCUACAGCCAGGACGAAGUUAAUAUUUACAGAGCCAGUUUACUCUGGCUCCAGCGCUUUAUUCCCUCCUAUCCUGUCACCUACGGAAACCACAUGUAGUCGAGUUUUCAUCGUCCUGUCUAGAAAAGGAAAACAUCGAAAUGAGAGCUCAGAUUGAGGUCAUCCCUUGUAAAAUCUGUGGGGACAAGUCCUCAGGAAUCCACUAUGGAGUCAUUACCUGCGAAGGCUGCAAGGGUUUCUUCCGUCGCAGCCAGCAGAACAAUGCUAUGUACUCUUGUUCCCGCCAGAGGAACUGCCUGAUCGACCGAACUAACCGUAACCGCUGCCAGCACUGCCGCCUGCAGAAGUGUUUGGCUUUGGGCAUGAGCAGAGACGCUGUGAAGUUUGGCCGUAUGUCCAAAAAGCAGCGAGACAGCCUCUACGCUGAGGUCCAAAAGCACCAGAAGUCUCAGGAGUGUGUGGGCUCUGGAGGCGGGAGCUCUACUGCUCUGUCCUUACCCAGUGAUGACGGCAUCUAUAGCGGUGGCGGGGAGGAUGGUGAAGAAGGUCUGAGCCGGUCCUACAGCAGCAGGGGCUCCAGCUCCACCCUCAGCGACCUGGAUGACAUCGCAGCACUGCCUGACCUGUUCGACCUGCCGCUGACCCCCAAGGAGGCCAGCGAGUACUGCAGCCUGGAGCUGAUCGGUGGAGGUGGAGGGGCCAGCACCGGGAACACCUCCAACUUGUCGUCCUCUUCUUCAUUUUCCUCGUCCUUAUCCAAUCAGAACUCCCCGCAGCAGACUAUACUGGAUGGGGCAGAGAGCAAUGGGAUCCAGCUCCCGCACACACAUUCACUGUUGGGACACACACACGUCCUGCUGGACCAUCUGCCUGAUGACUGCUCAAUAACAGACCUCGAGCACCUCACUCAGAGUGUUGUGAAGUCUCACUUGGAGACGUGUCAGUACAGUGCUGAAGACAUGAAGAGAUUCACCUGGGUACAAUACACACCUGAGGAGACACGUGCUUUCCAGAAUAAGUCGGCUGAGUGGAUGUGGCAGCAGUGUGCACACCACAUCACCAAUGUCAUCCAGUAUGUGGUGGAGUUUGCCAAACGCAUUGCUGGCUUCAUGGACCUAUGCCAGAAUGAUCAGAUUAUAUUGCUGAAAGCAGGUUGCCUGGAGGUUUUGCUCAUACGCAUGUGCCGAGCAUUCAACGUCAACAACAACACCAUUUUCUUCAAUGGAAAGUUUGCCUCGGCUCAGGUCUUCAAAGCACUUGGUUGCGAUGACCUGGUCAGUGCAGUGUUUGACCUUGGAAAAGGACUCUGCCGUCUACAGCUGUCCGAUGAGGAGAUGGCUCUGUUUAGUGCUGCUGUCCUUCUAUCCCCCAAUCGGCCCUGGCUAAAAGAAGGCCAAAAGGUUCAGAAACUCCAAGAGAAGGUCUACCUGGCAUUGCAGCACAGCCUACAAAAGAGCGGUGCUUGUGAUGAGAAGCUAGACAAGAUGGUGUCCAAGCUGCCAGUAAUGAAGUCUAUCUGUAACCUCCACGUUGAUAAACUGGAGUUUUUCCGUUUGGUCCACCCUGAGACCGCCUACAGUUUCCCACCACUGUAUCGGGAAGUGUUUUGCAGUGAGAUGUCUCUACCAGACUCUACCGACAGCUAGACAGACAGACAGACAAGAACAAGAAAGAUGGAGAGUGUAUUAAGAGGUAGGGAAGCAGAAGGAGAGGCAGAGAAGGACAGAGAUGUUGAAGCUCAACAACCAGCAGUUAAAAGACAAUCCUUUAAAUACUCCUUCUCCCAUGAUCUCAAAGUAGUCCUCCAUUUUCCCAGCAGGCAAAGCACCUUACACUACAGACCACACAUGCUCAUGGUCCUCUGCAUAUUGUAGCAUUAAUGACAAAGCGGAUGAGCAUGGAAAUGAUAACACAGCAGCCCACUUAGCAUGUAACAAGCUGUAACACUUGUUUAACAUCAGAUCUGCUGUUAUGAACCAGUGAUGAAUGUACUUCAUGGAUAUGCACCAGUGCACAAGCCAGAACCCAACAACAGUGAA